UUCCUAAUUUCUAAGUUGUUGACUUGUUGAAUAAUCGUGGAAUUUAUUUUAAAAAUUUACAACUUUAUUGGUUUGAAAAAGUUUUUUUAUACUUUCAGUUGUACAGUUUGGGAAGUUUCUCAAGAAGAAAGCUUGGAAAUAGAUUCCGAGUACGAUAUACUUGUUGCCGAUAGAUUCUUGUACACAAAUCGAGCUCAAAAUAGAUAAGUUACUAUGUCAAGUUCAAGCAGAGGGGGUACUGAGGAAUUAACAGUAGAAGAGUUAGAAGCAACAGAUGUCAUCAGUGUGGAACUGGUGCCAGAGAGAAAGGGACUUAUAUUGAAGCAUUGUGAAUAUUAUGUGAACUCCCGGAGGCACGGUACUACAGUAACAAGACGAUAUAAUGAAUUUGUACAACUGUAUGAUGUUUUGGCUGCGAAAUAUCCUUAUCGUGCACUAUGCCGCUUACCCCCCAAGCGAGUAGUCGUGGGUGGUGGAAGCCCAUUGUUCCUUCAACGGCGCCGCGCAGCCCUCCAACGUUGGCUGACUCUAGUCGCGCGUCACCCGGUCCUAGCUCACGAUGCAGACUUGAGGACAUUUCUGUGUGAAUCAUCACCAAAACUUGAGAAGCCGAAGCAUGAUGAAUUUGUACUAGCUGGAACACAGGAGGACUCUCGAAGAGACAUGAGUAUAGAUGAGAUGCAAGCAACAUUCGCCUACGAGCAGGAACAGUUGCGUUUGGUACGACUUGGUUUGGAGAGACUGACGGACAUAUUUGAAAAGGCUGAGGCUCGCUGCGAGUCAGAGUUCGGUGACAUCCGCGAGUUGGGCGCGGGGCUCAACGCACUGUCGACCGCUGCUGGUACAGACUCGCCGCGCUGGAACAAGCUGCGAGAUGCAAUGAGAACCGCUGCACAGUUGGCCAUAGACACGUGCGAAAGCCCGGAAGUUUCAGACGAGGAGUCGUGGGAGCGCGUUCUUAUUGCGUUGGAUGCGCUCACGGCGUUAAAAGAUCUGUGCUCGCGACUGACUCGCGGCUUGCACGCCGAGCGAGCCGCCGCUGCCGCUAGCGCGCCGCACUCGGCUGCGGCGCGCGGUCUGCGAGAGAGACAUCGAUACGCGUUGCGCUGUGCCAUCGAGGAAAGCCGCGUAGGGCGUGCUUACGCGUUAUCAGCUGUAGAGUCGUUGCCAGACCUUCUCCGUGUGCACGGAACAAAACACGCACGUAUUGCUGCCGCCUGGGCAGACCUGCACACGGCUUUCCGCCAUCCGGGCGCUAAACCUACCCAUAAAUUAAAAUAAAACAAACUAACUUAAAGCUCUGUUCAAACUGAGGCUACUAUCGCGCGGAACGGAAGUCGCUCGCGCCGAUUCUGUCAGCUAACUUGUAUGGACGUGUCCAAAAUGACGCGAGUAGUCGCUCGAGUUGAAGCGAAACAACAACGGGACGCCUGGCGGGAUUAUUUAGUGUCCAAUGCAUGAUGUUCCUCCACUGAAUAACCAAAAAUGACACGCGGGAAGUCGCGUCAGUUUGAGAGGCUUACCGAGCGAGCGAAUUGCUCUAAAACGCGUCCCGCGCAUUAUUCGCCUCAGUUUGAACAGAGCUUAACACUUACGUUUGUCCUCAAUGCUCAAGGAAUUAUUAGUUAAGGCUAUUUAAUAAAACGAAUGCAACUUUUUUUUAGUACAUCUGAAUAUUGUUGCUACGUGUGUGACGGCUAAGCCAAUAAUAGCCGUUCAUUUCAUAAUAUCAUUUAAGGUGUAAUUUUCCUAACUGAAGACGUAUACACGUCAUAGACGUUCAUGUACGGGAAGACGCAGUGUUGGUAGGCCUUCCACAAGAUGGACUGACGAUCUGGUCAAGAUCGCCGGUACACGUUGGAUGAGGGCAGCGCAGGUCUUUGUCCAGCAGUGGACGUCUUCCGGCUGAUGAUGAUGAUGAUUCAGAACUGUGAGUUCGAUUGUCUCGCCGUCGAAACAUUUUUUACAAAUUAAUAUUUGUAUUUUCAAUACCAGUUUAAAUGACGGAAUAAACUUUAAAGAAUGAAAAAUUACUACAAGUUCAUAAUUCGGUGUUUAUAUUAUAAUUGAAAGAGAAGUGAUAGUAACUCACUCUAGAUACAGUGUGGUGUUUGAAACACAAUAUCCAGUGACAAACAGUACAUGGAAUAGAAUUAAUUACUGUGCCGCCAUGUUUAAUUCCACUUUUUCUACGCCACUUGUAUUUUUCUAUUAUACAUUUUCGACAUAAAUUUUCCUAGAAUAAUAUAAUAUCAUAUAUCGAUAAAGUAUGGUGCUUACUAAUAAUGUCUUUAUUGAGACAUAAUAUAUUUAUAUUGUUUUUGACGCCAUUAUUACUCACGCCACAUCGUCUAUGGUAGGCAUGUUUGCAUGACGCGAUAAAAGUUGUGGAGCCAUAAAUGUGUUGCUUUUUUUUUAAUUUAUUUAGUAGCACGGGAUGCAACUCUAUAUGCCAAAAAAAUGUUUUGCUGGCAUUAUUGUGAUGAUUGAAAAUUUAAAUUUGAAUACGUGUAAAAUUGUUGCAAUCAUUUUUUUUGGCGCCUCUAAAACUAUGUAGGUAUUUUACGGCGAUUAGUUAUUAUUGUAUAAAUUGUUGUUUUAUAUAGUUGUUGAAUUAUAAUCAAUAGAUAUUUAAUUUUAAAUGACCAAUCAAAUUGUAUUUAUUUAUAUAACUUUGGACAUUCCAAUUGAGUAAUGUACUUUCGAUAUCUAACCUUUAUUGAUUUAUUUUGUAGCAAAUUAUGUAUAUUUGGAAUACUAAAUGUACAUUUUAGUUUUAUUUUUAUUUUCUAAAUAGGUAACUCUCUGAUCUUCAAUUAAGUUCACUCGAAUUUUACUUUUUAUUUUGAAUAUUAUGAUGUGUUAAGAUUAAAUCAUAAGUGAUAAUUAAGUAUGUUAUUAUAUCGAAUACUAUUAAAGUUACUAAAUUUACUUUAAAAGACAGACAUAGCAAGUAAGAAUUAUUCAAAAAUUUACAUACGCUGGUACUGAGUACAUAAUUAUAAUUAAGUAUAUACACAAAUAAAAUUUGAAAAAAAAAAUCGCGAGCGCUCUUCCAACUGAGCCAACCGUUCCAGUGACGUAAAGUUCAAGAACAAAGCAUACAAGAUAUAUUUAAUUUUAUUUGUGUAACUGAUCCCAGAAGUGAGGGCUAUCACUUUAAACAUAACAAAUUGUUUAGAUUAAGUAUAUACUUAUUGACUGUGUUUUAAGUACUGAACAGGCCAGUUAAGUAUUUCAUGGCACAUUUCAUGAUAUUUCUUACUUUACAACCCUAGAUGUGUUCUCUAGAAUUCCAGCGAUGCAAACUUUAGUAUCUCAAAGGGGAUUGAUCAAACAUAGUUUUGUUUUGUAUCAGAUUGAAAGUGAGGUCAAAAAUUCAAGUAUUUUUUAACAAAUUUUGUUAAAUUUUUUUAUUUUUUUUUAAUCAGUGGGACAUUCAUGUUACCGGUGAGUGAACCGUAUGUAGUGGAUGUUGAAAUAUGUCGCAGUUCUUGUUCGCAGAAGAGAGGAACACCAAAAAAAAAAGCAAGUAGACAGGUACCUACCAAGUUAAAAAAGAGGAUAUUUUGACAUUACACUUUAAAAUAUAAUAUGCUCAGAAAUUAUUAUAAUCGUCAGAAUAAACUUAGAAUAAACUAGCUUGUAAUGAAAAUAAUUUCUCUAAGUAAAUUCACUGCAGUACAUAAGAGUACAAGUAAAUACCUUUAGUUACAAAUACGUUUAAUGUAUUUGUAAUUUAGGUUUUCACUAUCCUGAAAAUCAAUACGAUAAUUUAUCAAAUUACGAUAUUGAUAUUAUAUUAAGAAACAAAAUUGGUAUAUUCAAUAGAAUUAGAAAUAAAAAAAUCAGAAGCGUAUUUUGAUCAUUCCACUUGAAAAUCAUAUUGUUGCGACGUUCAACGUGACGUUCGCCUGCUACUGGAUACGAAACAAAAUGGCCGCAUCCCAGUGAAUGUUCUCUCCGUGUUCAGACUGUUCAUUUUUCGUUCAUUCGGAGUGGGAAUGAAUGAUGCCCAUUGAAAAUAUACACCACUGUUGAAUGGAUUCAUUUGCCACUUUUGUUUCUCUUUGUAUUCAGACGUGUCAUUUUGAGUGAAAGAUGCAAAAUGAAAAUAAACAAAAAAUGACUCGUCUGAUAUCAACUUAAGGAGCCGCCUUAAAUCUUAUACACUCCUUACUAGGAGUCUUCCUAGUUUUAUACCAUCGUAUAGGGCAGAAAUAUAAACUAAUUAAGGCGUCUCUGCACUCAUACGUUUUAAAUUCGUAUCCGUGAUUUUUCAAAGAGGCCGUCAUUCAAAGACGUACAUUCAGAUAUUUUUUUACAUGGAUCCGUAAAAUCACGAAUGAGAGCACAAACACCCUUAUUCAAAAUUUUAAAUAUAAAGUAUCUAAGUGACAUUACAAAUCAAUUAUCGCUCCCCUAAACCACGCCAAUGCCCACUUUUUUUUUCUGGGCUCUUUAACGCCCCCCUCUAUGUCUCUAACGCCUAUAAGGGGGCGUUAUCUUCCACCGACAAAGACUGUAGCAGCCGCUACAAACAAAAUAUAUACAGCUUUAAAAGGAGUUAAUCACUUGGUGUCCUUUUGGUUGCGCAAACAAUUUGGUGGCGCGGCCAGCUGGGACGAGUCAUUACUCUGAUGUUUAGUUUGGUAGCUUACGGACACCACAAGAAGCACACUUGAAGCAGUCCGUGUACGGCAGCUCUAAGACUUGUCAAUCAAAUUCCAUUACUAUGUUGCUGUUUUUCUGUUAGAGAUGUCCUUCUCUCGCUCGCACGCUUUGUUUGUCUAUGCGUUAGUAUAUUAUACCAAAGUCUAUGGUAUGAACAUAAUCGACAGUAGUUUAGACUAGAUUAGGUAUAAGGUGGAAGGGUCGUCUUUAACCAAAACAUUAUGUAACCUCUGUGAUAAAAAGCAAUAUUGUAUCUAUGAAUUUUCUGUAUAUUUUUGAACUAAUAUUUACACUUUAUGUAAUAGUUAUGAAUAAUAAACGUUUAUUUUCAAGAA